AUGGCUGCAAAUAAACCCAAGGGUCAGAAUUCUUUGGCCUUAUACAAAGUCGUCAUGGUGGGCAGUGGUGGUGUGGGCAAGUCUGCCCUGACUCUACAGUUCAUGUAUGAGUUUGUAGAGGACUAUGAACCUAACAAAGCAGACAGCUACAGGAAGAAGGUAGUGCUGCAUGGGAAAGAGGUGCAUAUCGACAUCUUAGAUGCAGCGGGGCAGGAGGACUAUGUUGCAGUUAGGGACAACUACUUCCGAAGUGGGGCGGGGUUCCUCUGCGUCUGAUCUAUCACAAAGAUGGUCUUUACAGCCACAGCUGACUUCAGGGAGCAGAUUUUAAGAGUAAAAGAAGAUGAGAAUAUUCCAUUUUUCCUGGUUGGUAACAAAUCAGAUUUGGAAGAUAAAAGGCAGGUUUCGGUAGAAGAGGCAAAAAAAAACAGAACUGAGCAGUGGAAUGUUAACUACGUGGAGACAUCUGCUAAAACUCGAGCCAAUGUUGACAAAGUAUUUUUUGAUUUAAUGAGGGAAAUCCGAGCCAAAAAGAUGGAAGACAGCAAAGAAAAGAAUGGAAACAAGAAGAGGAAAAGUUUAGCCAAGAGAUUCGGAGAAAAAUGCUGCAUUUUAUAA